CUUCUCCCAGAUUUAACGAGCGAAACAGCGGAAUAAAAAUCAGAAUAAAAUCUUUCAAUGGCUUCCAACUUCAACGACAUAGUGAAGCAGGGCUAUGUGAGGAUCAGGAGUAAGAAACUGGGGGUCUUCAGGCGAUGUUGGCUCGUGUUCAAAAAAGCGUCAAGUAAAGGGCCUCGACGAUUAGAGAAAUAUCCUGAUGAGAAAGCUGCCUACUUUCGAAGUUUUCAUAAGAUAACUGAGCUGCACAACAUCAAGAACAUUACCAGAAUGCCUCGGGAGACAAAGAAACAUGCUGUGACAAUUAUCUUCAGCGAUGAGACGUCGAAGACAUUUGCCUGUGAUUCAGAGCUGGAGGCAGAGGAGUGGUGUAAGUUGCUUUGUUUGGAGUGUUUGGGCAGUCGGAUCAAUGACAUCAGCCUCGGUGAGCCGGAUUUAUUAGCAGCAGGAGUGCAGAGGGAACAGAACGAGAGGUUUAACGUGUAUCUGAUGCCCACGCCCAAUCUGGACAUUUAUGGCGAGUGCACAAUGCAGAUCACACAGGAGAACAUUUACCUCUGGGACGUCCAUAAUGCCAGAGUUAAGCUGGUCAUGUGGCCUCUGAGUUCGCUGCGACGGUACGGACGAGACUCUACAUGCUUUACCUUCGAGUCUGGAAGGAUGUGUGAUACAGGAGAAGGAUUGUUCACAUUCCAAACGAGAGAAGGAGAAGUGAUCUACCAGCGAGUUCACUCUGCCACGCUGUCCAUCGCAGAACAGCAUGAACGCAUGAUGCUGGAAUUCGAGAAAAAAUCACAGACCUUUUUAAGCGAGAACACAUUAACCAAGUCGAUAUCUCUGCCACGGAGUGCUUACUGGCAUCACAUCACACGUCAGAACAGCAUGGGAGACAUUUACAGUUAUCAAGAUAAGACAACAGGUUCCAUGAUGACCCUCAUCCCCCGAGCUCAGACUUUCCAAAGCUUCCUGACUGAAGAGACAGAAGAGGAAAAGAGAGAGAAGGAGAGAUCAGGCUCGCCCUCUAGUGAACAUAAAGGGCACUACAGCUCUGCACUACUGCACUGA